UUCCUCGGUGUCUGGAUGUGCGCGAGACGGGGAAGAGGAAAAAAAAAAAAGUCUAAAACAGAGCGAACAGUCGUGUAACGUUCGACCCGCGCGCGACACGGUGCCACACUGGCCGCGAGGCGACGAGCGCCUGACGAGCGAGAGCUGCGUCUCAAAGUCACGUCGCUCAGCUGUACGGAGGUCUCUGCUCAGAGAGUUUGUGGCACUUUCUUUGCGCUCCUUCUCCUCCUCCUCCUCCUCCUCCUCUGUCCGCGCUCUUCGGAAACGUCGCAGCGGUUCGAUCCGUGCGGAGCGGCGGCCGUUGAACAUGGAGGUCCUGGACGGAGGAGAGCAGGUCCUGCAUUGGGACCGGACCCUCAGCGAGCUGUCGGAGCCCGGGGACACGGACGGCCUGCUCUACACCUCCCACUUCACGGGCCUGCUCGACGAUCUUUCCCAGGAAGCUUUGCUGGGUCAGCUACUGAGUGACCUGAGUGACCCUUUUCUGUCAGGCAGGGGUGAGGCUAUGAAUGUGGAGGAGGAGCUGACCCCUGCCUCCCCAAUGCCUCCCCCGAUCCAGGCAGAGCACAGCUACUCCCUGAGUGGUGAUUCACGGCCCCAGUCACCGCUGUCACAUCUGCCCAGCCAGGGGAGCGAUGUGGGAGAUUCAGAGCCUGAGGACUGGCCCAUGGAGGCAGAGGAAAAAGGCCUGAAGAUUGAGCCACUGCUGGCAGACCCACCCACGCUUCUGCCACCACUGUCCCUCAGUCUAUCCACUGAAAGCCCUGAUGGCCCCUCCAGCCCAGCUACAACCAGCCCCACUGUCUCCGUCCCAGUUGUGGUCUCCCAGGCCACGCAUGUCAAGAUUAUUAAGGUUAAAGAGGACAGUGGAUGCCUCAGCCCUCAAAUCAAGCUGGAGCCCCAUGAGGUGGACCAGUUCCUUAACUUGUCCCCUAAAAGCCUAGAGUCCCUGCAGCUACCCCCGACACCCCCAAGCUCACACGGCAGUGACUCGGAGGGCAGCCUGAGCCCCACGAGGCCCAGUGUCCCCUCCAGCCCCUCCCAGGCACAGUCACAGUCUGUCCUGAAGGUGACACAACGAGCCUCCUCAUCACUUGCCAGCUCGCCCUUGCUGACAGCACCCCACAAGCUACAAGGCUCAGGGCCUCUUCUGCUGACUGAGGAAGAGAGGCGCACACUGAUUGCAGAGGGAUACCCCGUGCCCACAAAGCUGCCCCUGUCUAAAGCUGAGGAGAAAGCCCUGAAGAAGAUUCGCAGAAAGAUCAAGAACAAAAUCUCUGCUCAGGAAAGCCGAAGGAAGAAGAAAGAAUACAUGGAUGCACUUGAAAAGAAGGUGGAGACCUGCUCCAAUGAGAACAAUGAGUUGCGCAGGAAAGUGGAAACCCUGGAGUGUACCAACAAAUCUCUGCUGCAGCAGCUGCACUCUCUGCAGGCAGUGGUAGCUGGGAAGGUACCCCGCUCCUGCAAGGUCGCCGGCACCCAGACCUCAACUUGUCUCAUGGUGCUGGUGCUGUGUUUCGCUGUGUUCCUGGGCAGUUUUUACCAGGGUCUGGGGCCCUGCUCUACCAUAACCAGCACGAGCCUGCCUGUGAAGAGUGCCAUGCAGGAGUCCUACACAACUACAGUGAAGUCGAGGAGCCUGCUGGGGUACGAGGAGUUACCAGCAGAGUACUUGGAGCAGUGGGAUAGACAGACUGAUGUCAUGGUAACCUGGCGGUCCCAACAACAGCAGGAGCAGGAGGGAGUGGAGGAUGCAGAAAGACACAGAGCAGAAUCCCACCAGUUACAGCCGUUAGCCCACAGCAAUGACACACAUGUCCAGAAGCCCAUCCUCAUAGACCUGCACUCACACAGGUCUCUGGAACUGCGGAUGAAUGAGAGCACAAAAGUAAUACAUCUGGAGAGGACAGUGAAUGAGACUUCCUGAGGUCUACCUGGCCCCUCCGCCUUGCAUGCAGGCCCCAGUCCUUGCCCUGAAACCCUGCCCAGUGCAGUGUCAAGGCUUGGAAAGUCACUUUGUAUUUAUAUAUUCUGUUCAAGUAUUGUAGUUAUACUUUUAUAUGUAUUUUUAUUCCAUUCCAGCAUUAGGCAGUAACGCACAUUACUACAUAGUUGAUUUGUGUUCAUGCUUUUGUUUUUAUGAUUUGCUUUCAGCACUGUUCUCUCAUUUAAGGAGUGUGUGGGUUUUUUUUUUUUUUUUUUUUUUUUUUAAAAAUUUAAUUUAAUUUACAAGGUUGUAUUAAACAUCUCCCCUACCGCGUUGCUGUGGUGAAGGACCGCCCCUCCACAAUAAACAGCCUUAGUUUUACAUUGAGCAGAUUUGAUGAGGGCAAAUUGUGCAUGUUCAAUUUCCUGCGUUUCCAUUGAAAACCCUCCAGACCAUGUGACACUCACAGUUGAUUCCUUGUUCAAAUAAUGAAUCAAAUUAUGUUCCAUUGGAAGGGUUGCAAAUGAAGCCAAAAAGCCCCUACCCCCCAUAAAGGCAUCACUGUAGAACUGAUUUAUUUUGUUAUGAAACACACAUGGACCAGUUUAGAAAAAAAAAGGUACUCUAUACAGUCAUUUUGACAGUGCUAUUAUUAGUUAGUGUUUCCUUGUGCUGGUCAGGUUUCCUGUGACAGUGGAUGAAUACAUUAGUAACACAGCAGAAUACGACUGUCUGAUUGUGGGGAUGCUAACAUGAACUGUUGCCUUUAAUUACAUUUGUGGCAACCCUGUGAGAGAGUGGGGGGAGCGUUGACAGGAUCUGGUUUGCUUUAUGUUCUUCAAAACCUUCCAGUAUCUAAUUUGAGGUCUUAACAUUAUGCUUGGGUGAAAAAAAACAUCUAAUUUCAAUAUUUCCAAAUACUAGAGACAUGAUAUAAUGGGAACUGGUUGUUGAUGUGUACCAUUUCUUUAUUACAUUAUUUUUAUUUAAUUUUUAAUAAUUGUAACAGUUACGUGGGAGAUGUAUAAUGACUCAUGUUUAGAAGCAGUUUAAAUGGAACAUCUCUGAUUGAAGGUGGAUGUGGCAUCUUGACCUUAUAGGAGUGACACCUGAGCAGAGAGGUUCAUAUCCCAUCCUUUUAUGAUGUCAUUUGCGUGGGACAGAGGGAAAUCUUGUAGCAGACAUUGGAUCUUGGCUUCGGUCAUACCAUUACAGGUGUUAGCUCCUCUGUGUUUCUAUGCUACUGGUUGUCUCUAAAAUCCUUGUGUGUUUUUCAGUACAACUCUGAAAUGCCCCUCCUUUUUUGGAUUCCUGUUAGUUGCCUGUGAUUGGAUCAAUGAGGAUUCUGAAUGUUAGGGUGGGUGAGAUCACAUUGUGCCAUCAGUCAACCACUGACUACAAACAUGGACACUCUGAUGGAUUCUGUAACCAAAAAUAAUGACUGCCAGUGGAUGAUGAUUCAAAGGCAUCAUUCCUGCUGUCACUAGUAGUGUCAUACCAGGUUCAUCUCUGGUUCCCUUCAGUGGAACAAUCCAAAAAAUAAACCUGCUGUGAAUUAACUUGCACUGCUUCCCAAACCAAUGAUUUAUUUAUUCUUGUUGUAAAUGUAGCAUUUCUUUUUGAGAACAAAAUAAUAAAUUUGAAGUGUGAUUUGCAUGUCUUCAUUCUGCCUACCUAAAAGCUCUGUUUUUAAUGUUGUCCAAAAUGUAUUCUUGCAACGAGAGGUGUCCAUGCCUAUGUGUGUUUUACUUCAUAUCAACAUGUAGUACUUUGGUGCAUGAAGACUUGUGUGUUUUUCCUUUCUCUUGUUGCUUCCUGAUUCUGAAAUGAAACAAUUAAUAUGUUUGUG